UUCCGAACUCCAGAAACAAAACAAAUUGCGAUCCUAGGGUUUCAGCAAAGAGAUCAGAUCAAUCUCAGCACCAGCAUCAAUGGCGAUGGCGGCUUUCAGAAGAGAAGGAAGGAGGCUCAUCGUCUCCCCAAAUCCCUCGGGCUUCGCUCGAUCCGCCGUCUUCUCUGAAGAACCAUGCCCCUUUGGUGCUAGGUCGAUUUCGACUCAAGUAGUCAGAAAUAGGAUGAGCAGUGUUAAGAAUAUUCAAAAGAUUACCAAGGCAAUGAAGAUGGUUGCAGCAUCUAAGCUACGAUCAGUUCAAACUAGAACUGAAAAUUCACGAGGACUCUGGCAACCAUUCACUGCACUUCUUGGGGAUGCCCCUGGUGUUGAUGUGAAGAAGAAUGUUAUUAUUUCCAUUUCGUCUGACAAAGGUCUUUGUGGAGGCAUUAACUCCACAACAGUGAAAGUCAGCAAGACUCUCUUCAAGCUGACUUCUGGUCCUGAAAAAGAAUCCAAGUAUGUUGUAUUGGGAGAAAAGGGCAAGGUUCAACUGCUGCGUGACUCCAGGAAGAACAUUCAUAUGAACGUAACUGAGCUGCAAAAGAAUCCUUUAAACUACACUCAGGUUUCUGUUCUUGCUGAUGAUAUCUUAAAGAAUGUUGAGUAUGAUGCAUUGAGGAUUGUUUACAACAAGUUCCAUUCAGUUGUCCAGUUCUUUCCGACAAUUUCAACUAUAUUAUCUCCUGAGGUGGUGGAGAAAGAGUCUGAAUCUGGGGGAAGACUUGGUGAUCUGGAUUUGUAUGAAAUAGAAGGGGCUGAAACGAAAUCUGAAGUGCUUCAGAAUCUUACAGAAUUCCAGUUUUCUUGUACCAUGUUCAAUGCAGUGCUAGAGAAUGCAUGCAGUGAACUUGGCGCAAGGAUGUCGGCAAUGGACAAUGCAAGCAGAAAUGCUGGUGAAAUGCUUGAUCGCCUGACGCUCACUUACAACAGGACCCGUCAAGCAGCGAUUACCACAGAGCUGUCUGAGAUCAUAUCGGGUGCGGCUGCGCUCACUCACUAAAUAGUUGAUGGGCUGCGCUCUCAGACUCUGUUUGCAUCUAUUUCUCUUUCGGACGGUCUGUUUUUUGUACUGAGAAAAUUGCAAUAAUCUCCCGAGUGAUGUAACAAUAUCGUGGAAGAGCAUGCUACUCGCGUACGAUUGAAAUUUUCCUUUAUUUUCUGAUUGAAGGCCCUUUUUUCACUUUGAGUGGUUCUGUGCUAUUUGGAUGUAAUAUGCUAUUGGUAAACCAUUUUAGGGGCGCUGCUGUUGUUUAACUGGGUACAUAAAUUGGUCU